GAAUAUCUAGUCUAUGGUUAACCUGGAGACUUCAGUUCUAAAAUUACUACAAUUAUUAAGUAUUUAUUAAUUUCGUUUGUCGCUAUCAAUAAAAAGAUAUAACAAAGAAAAAUGAAGGAUGUUAUAGAUGUAAUGGCCUUACAAAGCAAUAGACGUGAGAAAAGAUUACCAGACUACAGAAGUGCACCCGGACAUAGUUUAGCCACAAAUUUCAUAUUCGAAUGUGGCAUCAAACUUAACUUGCAGCCAGCUACUGUUGCAACUGCAGCUGUGUUUUACCAUAAGUUUUUCAAAGAAGCCGAUAAAAAUGACUACGACUGUUAUGUGAUCUGCACAGCUUGUCUUUGUGCCGCUGGAAAGUCGAGGGACGAACCGGUUAAAUUAAGGGACGCUGUCAACGUAGCCCACAACUCGAUCAAUCGGGGCGCUGGACCUUUGGAGUUGGGUGAUGAAUAUUGGUCCUGGCGCGGAGCUGUAGCGCAGGCUGAGCUGCUCGUGCUCAGGUUAUUGGGAUUCAACUUAGACGCUCCAUCCCCUCACCGAUAUUUACUACACUAUCUUCGUUCGCUACAAGAAUGGUUUCCGCCCUCACAGUGGCGUACAGCGCCCAUAGCCAGAACAGCAAUGGCUUUUCUACAAGAUUUUCACCAUUCUCCCAACAUUCUGGACUAUAGAGCACCUCAUGUAGCAGUUGCUUGUCUAACCCUCGCUCUACACGUUCUAGGCGUCUCGGUUCCUUUAGCCUCUACGCUAGACGAUGAUGCUGCCUGGUACUCGGUGUUCACAAAAGACUUGCAAAAAGAGAAGAAUUGGGAGAUAAUGGAGAAGAUUAUGCAGGUGUAUGGUAGGGAACCAGAACCAAUAUAAAGUAGUUAACUCAUUUAGGUAUAAGGUUUGGAAUAAAUGCAUUAAAAUAAUUUGAAUAAGUUUUUUUGUUUUCUUAUCUCACUAAACAGUCUUUUUCGUUUAUUGAGAGAUUGCCUAAAACUACUAGUAAAUAUGGCAGAGAAGUUUGAUUGGUCAAUAGUUACUAGUAUUUUGACAAUUAUUGAUUAAUAUGGCACAUAGGGACCUCUUAAGGUUAAAAUAUCUUCAAGGAUGCCAUUUGACUAUGCAUAGUUAUGUUUAGAUAAAAACUAAAUUGAAUCCCUUUACACAUUUAUAAUCAGUCUAACAUCAAAUUCAG